UAUUUGCCAAAAGAAGAAGAGAAGCUUUAAUGGGCUUCCAAAAAUUCUUCUUUUUGUUUCUCUUCUUUUUUCUUGUUGGCUUGUCAUAUUCUUCUCCAUUAUAUAUCAAACAUGAUGUGCUUGAGGCUCGUGUUCAUACGGGACGUGCCCUUCUUCAACAACAAGGAAAUUGUCCCAUUGAUUUUGAAAGGGAAAACUACACCAUCAUAACAAGCCAAUGCAAAGGACCUCACUACAAUUCAUCAAUAUGUUGCAAUGCAUUCAAACAAUUAGCAUGCAAACAUACACAAGAAAUAAAUGAUGUGCAAAAUGGAUGUGCUACAACUAUGUUUAAUUACAUUAAUCUAUAUGGCAAAUAUCCACCUGGCCUAUUUGCAAAUAUGUGCAAAGAGGACAAAGAAGGCCUAAAUUGCAAAGAUGUUAUUCAGCCAGAAUCCAAAAGUGAUGAACAAAAGAGGAAUUCUUCAAAGGGUACUAAAUGUUCAAUGAUUCUAAUGGUGAUAACCACUUUUUUAAUUAUAUUAAUGUUGAAUAUAUGAAAUGAAUGAUGAUGGAUAAGUCUUUUUAAUUUUCA